AUGAGACGCAGUUUGGCUCCGAGCCAAGUUGGCUCCGGCGAUACCGUAUUUAAAAGUCCAUUGCUACAAUCUACAAAAAGAAAAAAGCGAGAGUGCACGAAAAUAUCUCUUACACAAAAUUCGGCUUUUCAAGCACUUUCUGCCUCCGAACACGAGAAUCUCAUCAAACAAAUUUUAAGUAAACCAUUCAAAGUACCCAUUCCAAACUACGUGUCUUCGUAUUGCAGUAAAAGUUUGGGUUUAAAGAGGACUCAAGUAAGGAGAGCCCUACAUGAUCCAGAUGAACCAAACGCACUUGUGCUAUAUAGACCACCAUAUAUACCAGAACAUGAGAAGAUGAAAAUGAAUGCUAAUGACAUUAAAGUAGCUGUAGUUGUUGAUCCUGUUCUAGGAAAUAUAUUACGACCACAUCAAAGAGAUGGUGUUAAGUUUAUGUAUGACUGUGUAACUGGAAAACAGAUAGAAAAUGCCUAUGGUUGUAUUAUGGCUGAUGAAAUGGGUUUGGGAAAAACUCUGCAGUGCAUCACAUUGCUAUGGGCUUUGUUAAGGCAAGGACCAGAUUGUAAACCAACAAUAAGCAAAGCAAUUAUUGUAUGUCCAAGUAGUUUAGUUAAAAAUUGGUAUAAUGAAAUAGGUAAAUGGCUAGGACAAAGAAUUAAUGCUUUACCUAUGGACGGAGGUUCAAAAGCUGAGAUUACUUUAAAACUUCAACAGUUCAUGAACACAUUUGCAGCGAUAAGAGUUGCUACACCUGUAUUGAUUAUAUCAUAUGAAACAUUUAGGAUAUACGCAAAUAUUUUACAUGCAUCAGAAGUAGGUUUAGUUCUGUGUGACGAAGGACAUAGGUUAAAAAAUAGUGAAAACCAAACAUACCAAGCUUUAAUGGGCCUAAAAGCUAAGAGAAGAAUACUAAUAUCUGGAACACCUAUCCAAAAUGAUUUAACUGAAUACUUCAGUUUGGUACAUUUCGUUAAUGAAGGCAUUCUUGGGACAGCACAAGAGUUUAAAAAGAGAUAUGAAAACCCAAUUUUAAAGGGUCAAGAUGCAUUAGCUUCGACACAAGAAAGAGAAAGAGCACAAGAAUGUCUACUAACACUGACCUCCAUUGUAAAUAAGUGUAUGAUCCGAAGAACUAGUACUUUAUUGACAAAAUACUUGCCGGUCAAGUUUGAACAAGUCAUCUGUGUUAAGAUGACACCACUCCAGACUCAAAUAUACAAAAACUUUAUUAAUUCUGAUGCUAUUAGGAACAAAUUUGCUGGGACUGGGGAGAAGAAUACUUUAAGUGCCCUUUCCAGUAUAACUACACUCAAAAAACUAUGUAACCACCCUGAUUUAGUAUAUGAUAAAAUUAUUGAGAGAUCAGAAGGAUUCGAGAAGGCGAGGGACUUGCUACCCAGUAAUUAUGAUAUAAAAGAUGUUAGACCAGAAUAUUCUGGAAAACUUAUGAUAUUAGACUGUAUUUUGGCAAACUUAAAGACUAAUACUGAUGACAAAAUAGUCCUUGUAUCGAAUUACACUCAAACACUUGAUUUAUUUGAAAAACUGUGUCGCAAAAGAUGUUAUCAGUAUGUAAGAUUAGAUGGUUCGAUGACCAUUAAGAAAAGGGCUAAAGUUGUUGAGAGUUUUAAUGAUAAGGAUUCAAAAGAAUGGAUAUUUAUGUUGAGUUCUAAAGCUGGAGGUUGUGGUUUGAAUCUUAUAGGAGCGAAUCGGCUAAUUAUGUUUGACCCUGACUGGAAUCCAGCCAACGAUGAUCAAGCAAUGGCCAGAGUAUGGCGUGAUGGACAGAAGAAACCCUGCUAUAUAUACAGAUUGUUAGCAACUGGCACAAUAGAAGAGAAAAUCUUCCAAAGACAGGCCCAUAAAAAAGCUUUAAGUGACACUGUUGUUGAUCAAAAUGAAGAAUCUUUAAGACAUUUUACUUCUGAUGACCUAAAAGAUUUGUUCCGUUUAGAAGAGAACACAUUGUCGGACACCCAUGGAAAGUUUAAAUGCAAGCGUUGUGUUAACAAUAUCCAAGUAACAUUGCCACCAGAAAACUCUGACUGUACUUCCGACUUGUCUAACUGGUAUCAUUGUGCAGACAAAAAGAGUUUAGCCGACUUAGUUCUUAAACAAUGCUGGGAUCUAGCUAAGAGUAUUUCAUUUGUGUUCCACCAUCGUUCUGCGGAAACUGAGGCACAGAAGGCAGAAAAAGAAAAUGUUCAGGAAAGAAAGAGAAGGAAGAUAGAGAUUGAUGAAGACUAUUCUGAGCCAGAUGAUAGUGGUGAUGAAGAUUAUCAU